CUUUGGACGGAGAUGUAUGCCCCGAAGACAGUGGAAGACCUCGCGGUCCACAAGAAGAAGGUAGAGGAUGUUCGUCACUGGCUGAUGGAGGCACUGGAUGGUGGACCGUCAGGAAGGCUCAGAAAGUACCGACGCAUCCUCGCCUUGACCGGCCCCGCUGGCACAGGAAAGACUGCCGUUCUGCGCCUCAUCGCGGAUGAACUCGGUGUUGAGAUCCUUGAAUGGCGUAACAGCGUGAUCGACGGGGCACGGUGGCGAGAAGAUCAAGAUUACGGAAACGUCGAUCGCUGGACUGAUCACGGAGAGUCGCUCACUGACAAAUUCUCCUCGUUCCUCGCUCGAGCGGGAACAUACGGCGCCAUCUUCUCCGAGUUGCAACCAUCCAAACUAUCCACACCAGGCAGUCAAGCGUCGAACACGCAGGUAUCCGCUUCCGGGUUGGCGACAGCUCAGAAGCGACGCCAAGUUAUUCUGCUCGAAGAUCUUCCCAACGUUUUGCAUCAAGGAACCCAAGAAGCCAUUCAUGGGGCGUUGAGGACGUUCGUCCGGAGCGAAGCACAGUUACGAACACCGAUGGUGGUCAUCGUUAGCGAUGCUGGUGUUCGUGGUGAGGAUGUCGAUGACACCGGGCAGGGAGAAAGCGGCGGAUAUUGGCGCUCGAGGAGCCAUUCGACACUUGACGUCCGUACGGUUUUGCCUUCGGAUUUGCUGAAUGGUCCGUACGUUACGCAGAUUGCCUUCAACCCCAUCGCACCGACCCUGCUCAAGAAGGCGCUGCAGGCGCUCCUCGGAGCCGCCUGCGCCCACAAUAAAGCGGCGGGGAGGGUCUCCAAGGACGUCCUGGACUUAAUCGUCCAGACCACCAACGGAGACAUAAGAAGCGCCGUCAUGGCUCUGGAGUUUGCGUGUACAGCGGAGGUGAUAUCUGAGACAACAUCAGCCAAAAAGCGGAGGCGUGGUCAUAAUAAACAUACCGACCAAAGAGGUGUUUUCGAGGCCGUAACCAGACGCGAGUCCAGCCUUGCACUGUUCCAUCUCCUCGGGAAGGUUUUCUACAACAAGCGCAAGGGAGACGCACCCAGCGGAAACGCGUCGAAAGCCGACGCAGCCCGUGAAGCAGAGCUAGACGCACGCCUGGCUAAUCCAUCGCCAUUGCCGGCUCAUCUGGCGGCCCACGAGCGAAGAGCAAGCAGGGUGGACGUUCCACUGCUCUAUGCGGACUCUCCCAUCGACUCGUCCCUGUUCUCGCUGUAUGUUCACCAGAACUACACUCAGUUCUGCGAGACCAUGGAGGAAUGCGACGGUGUCGCGGAUAUUCUCAGUUUGGUCGACGUGGGUAACAGCAUGGUACGUCAAGCCAACCCCCAUCGUUUCCACUUGGUGGCGCUCGGCACCCUCCACUCGCUUCCCUCUCCCGUCCCACGUCGGGGUCAGAAGCUGUCGAAGCCGCUGUACUUCGACAACCUACACAAGGAACGAGAUUGCCGAUCCGCCGUGGAGGACGUUCGUCAUUGGCUGGACGCUCUCGUACCCGGCCGUUGGGACCCGGUGGAUGUCGCGACCGGUCUAGGUGCCGUAGUAGAAGCGCGUGACGGACACGGCUUCGAGGGCUUGCCCUUAUCCCAUCGGCUGUUUUCGAAGAUGACAUUCACACGAGGAGCCGUUUUAUCGUCGGAGCUGACAGACGGCGACGACGGCGGGUUUCCCUUGGGUGAUGUCACGGAAGAGGGAGCGCUUCGCGGUCGCUCUACGAGUCAAGAGCGCGUUAUGCAUGGUUGGCUAGAGGACGACGAGAUCGAGGAGGAUUGAAAGCCCUCGUCUAACGACCCUGCAAUACACUCGGAAGCCACAGCAUGCUAUGGUGGCCCUUUCCGCCGGCGAGCGGAGAGAGCCAGCCGCUGCUGUGGCUCAAGAUACAUAUCGGGUAUAAUUAGCGGUGCGCCCUGGUCGCGACAACUCCUGCAUGCGUUGUACUCGUGCCUUCCUCGAUGCUCUCCAACUGCUGUUCAAAGAACCCAUCAGACGAUAACGACU